ACUAUGAUUCUAAAAGAUGACUUUGGGGUCAUUGCCUGGACACGGCGAGCAGGGAACUACCUCCCCCUCCUCUUCCUCUUGUCUCUCAUCUCCAUUCAAGUCCAGUCAGACAUUGAGUUUCCCAAGGAGCAUAAUUUCUCAUGGAAAACAGGCCAGUGGGGGCAGUGUGUGGGGGAGGAGUGCGGCUCCGGGGGGGUUCAGACCAGGACAAUAUGGUGCGUCCACAUGGAGGGCUGGACCACGCACCACUCCUACUGCCAGCACAUGGACAAGCCCGAGAGCCAGCGCCACUGCUUCAAGGUCUGCGAGUGGCACCAGGACCUCUUCGCAUGGGACGUCUCCGACUGGGGCGCCUGCGUCCUCAUCCCUUUCUUCUCCAACGAGCUCAAGCUCAGGACGGCCGAGUGCGUCACGGCGCAGCACGGCAUCCAGAGGCGCAAGGUCCAGUGUGUGCGCACCUCGAACCGCACCGCCGUCACCUCCAAGAUCUGCGAGUUCUUUUCCCAGAAGCCUGCGGUGGAGCAGGCGUGCCUCAUCCCCUGCCCUCAGGACUGCGUGGUGUCAGACUUCACCUCCUGGUCAGUUUGCAGCAAGACCUGCGGCGCUGGCCUGCAGCAUCGGACUCGACACGUCCUGGCCACGCCCAUGUACGGAGGGGCCAACUGCCCCAACUUGACCCAGACCAGGAUUUGCUCUGGCCUCGGGGCCUGUCCCGCCGGGGAAAGCGAGCACCAGUACAGCCUUAAAGUUGGGCCGUGGAGCGAGUGUCGCCUCCCCCAUCACAAGGGCGUCCUGUUCAGCGGCAGGACCACGGUGGAUUUCAACAGCAGCUCCAAGGAGAAAAACACAGUCAAGCGGCACACACAGGCCGCCCACCACCACGAGCACCACCACCGGCACCACUCACACACACACGGCAGCCAGCCCCUGUCAUGGGAGCUGGAGGUCGGGUACCAGACACGGCAAGUCCGCUGCACACGGAGUGACGGCAAGAAUGCCAUGCUCAGUCUCUGUACCCAAGACAAAUCGCCCCUGACCUUCCAGGCCUGUGUGAUGCCCAAAGAUUGCGAGACAUCUGAUUGGUCAUCGUGGAGCCCCUGCUCUAAGACCUGCCGGGCCUCCGACUUGUCGCCCGGCUACCGCCUCAGGACACGGAUCAUGACGCAGAUCCCCGUCGGUGGUGGGAGAGGAUGCCCUGCCCUGGAGGAAAAAGAAGCUUGCAACAUCAUAGGAGAUUUACUUCCAAACUGCCCCAGGUAUGUUUGGAGGACCACAGACUGGGGAGAGUGCCGCAUCGCCCCCCUGCUGAGCCAACAGGACCGGCGGCUUGCCAACAUCAGUAUUCUGUGCGGAGGAGGGAUCCAGACCAGAGAGACCUACUGUGUCCAAGUCCCCGACGACUUAGCGCCACACUACAGGAAGGAGGUGUCCAGGCCUGUGAGUGUGAAGCUGUGUGCCGGUGGGGAGCCUCCUCCUGCUGUCCAGCACUGCUCCGUCCCCUGUCAGCCCCACCGCCCGCUGUCUCCCUGGUCGCCCUGGGGGGCCUGCCUACAUGACAACUGCGAGGAACCACAGGGGCGGAAAGGGUUCAGGCAGAGGAGGAGACAGGUGCUCUGGGAGCCCAGCGGCCCUGCAGACAGCUGCCCUCAACUGGUGGAGUCCAUCCCAUGUGAGGACCCUGCCUGCUACCUGUGGCAGGUCCAACCAGAGGACCAAUGCAUUCCUGCCACGGGCUCCUGCGGUCCUGGGACCACCAGCCGGAACGUGACCUGUGUCAACACUGAAGGCGAGGAGGUCCCCAGCUCCCUCUGUGUGGAUGACCCUCCUCCCACGGUGGUGCCCUGCGAGGCGGCCUGUCCCGGAGACUGUGUGAUCGGCCCCUGGUCGUCUUGGUCGUCCUGCUCGCACAGCUGCGCCACCAAGAACGCCGAGGGCCGACAGAGCCGCCGCCGCAGUGUGCUCGCCCUCCCAGGACAAGGGAAGGAGUGCCCGGCAGCUCCGGCCCUGGAGGAGUGGAGAGUCUGCAACGACCAUCCUUGCAUGGUUUUCUAUUGGGAGGCCUCGGCGUGGGGCCCCUGCAUCGAGGACAACUCCAUGAGCUUGAACGGGACGGGCCUCUGGAACGGGACGACCACCUGCGCCGUGGGCGUCCAGAUCCGCAAAGUCAACUGCAUGAAGAUGAACGCCGGACAGGUCAUCAGCAAAAGGUGCCCGGAUUCUGCCCGUCCAGACACCGUCCGGCCCUGUUUGCUUCCCUGUAGGAGAGACUGCAUCGUGACGCCGUUCAGUGAGUGGACAGCCUGCCCGUCAAGCUGCAUGCCAGCGAACACAACGGUGGCCACGCAGUCUCGAUACAGGACCGUCAUUCAGAGACCCGCCAACGGAGGACAAGAGUGUCCGGACACUCUGUACGAAGAGAGGGAGUGUGAACCGCUUCCUGUGUGUCCAGUCUACAGGUGGAAGACACACAAGUGGCACAGCUGCUCACUGGUCCCAGAGUCUAUUAGACAAGGAUUAGCUGCCGGGGAAGCUUGUGGAAAUGGCUUGGAGACAAGAGGUGUCAGGUGCGUUGGGGAGGACGGGGAUCUGGCCAACAUGACGGAGUGUCUGCGGUGGGCCGCCGCCCCGCCCCCUCAGAUCAGGCGGUGCCGCGUGGCCUGCAAGGACGACUGCACGCUGAGCGCCUGGUCCAGGUUCUCCGAGUGCGGCGGCUGCGGCGGCGCCCGGAGCCGCAGACGCUCGCUGACAGGCCGCAGCAAGAAGAAGGAGCGCUGCCUGGACGAGGCGCUGUACCCGCUGGCCGAGACAGAGGCGUGUCCCUGCGAUGAGUUUUUGUCCCAGCCCUUUGGGAACUGGUCCACCUGCAUCCUCCCUGAUCCCUCAGCGCCCGGAUCCCUGCAGGGCUGGACCGACCGCCGGGCGGUGAAGGAGUGUGGCCAAGGCCUGCGCUACAAGGCCGUGGCCUGCAUUGACCAGCAGGGACACCUGGUCGACCCCACGCUCUGCACCGACUCAGGCUACGUGGUGGAGGUUUGCCACGUCCCGUGCCCUUUGGACUGUAAGCUCAGCGACUGGUCGGCCUGGUCGGCCUGCAGCGCCUCCUGUGGCAGCGGACUGAAGAUCAGGUCCAAGUGGCUGCGGGAGAAAGCCUUCAACGGGGGCCGACCUUGCCCCAAACUGGACCUGAAGAACCAGGCUCAGGUGUAUGAGGCCAUGCCAUGCCACAGUGAAUGCAGCCAGUACGAGUGGAGGACCGAGCCCUGGUCCAUUUGUACCAUCAACACUGUGGACGAGCUGCCAGCCUGCGGGGAGGGAGUCCAGAGCCGCAAGAUCAGGUGUAUGAGGAGGGGAGCGGCGGGGGGCGGGGCCAGCAGUGUGGACGACAGCCUGUGUGAGCAGGAGGAAAUGCCACCCAGAGCCCAGGUGUGCUUCCUGCCCUGCCCUGAGCACUGUGUCACAGCUCCCUGGGGACCCUGGAGCACCUGCCCGCAGCCAUGUGACCUGAGCACGACGAGGAACAGGACCAGACACGUCCUCCGCCUGCCAGCCUCCGAGGACCUGGCCUGUCCAGAGCUGGUCCAGUCUGAGCCCUGCGUCCUCAACAGCACCUGCUUCACCUACCAGCACCGAGUCUCAGAGUGGAGCACAUGCCAGCUGAGUGAAAACGCCAUUUGUGGUCAGGGCUCACGGUCACGCCUCCUGGACUGUGCUCGCAGCGACGGCAAGGUUGUGGAGCUGAAGAUGUGCGAGCAGUUCGGCCUGAUCAACAAGUUGAGGCUGUCCGGAAGCUGCGUGGUCGACUGUCCCGUCAGCUGCCUGCUCUCUGAUUGGUCACCUUGGGCUGAGUGCUCGCACACCUGUGGCAGCCAAGGUCACACUGUGCGUUCCCGCAGGAUCCUACAGGACGCCCAUGAAGAGGGCCGGCCCUGUCCAACCCACCUCACCCAGACCAAGCCCUGUCCCAUAAGGCCUUGCUACACCUGGCUGCUAAGCAACUGGUCCCCUUGCACCGUGGAGGGUGCAGACUGUGGCGAGGGGCUUCGGAGGAGAAAUCUGACGUGUGUGGUCCACUGGGGUGACCGGCCUGAGUCUCCCUCGGCUCGGCCGGUGCAGGAGGAGCUGUGUGGAGACAAACUGUGGCAGCAGAGCCAACAGGAGCUGGAGCUGCCCUGCUUCGUGCCCUGCCCAGGAGACUGUCAUUUGACAGAGUGGUCGUCUUGGAGCUCGUGCCAGCUGACGUGUCUGGAGGGAAGGAGCUUCGAGACCACCGGCCGCCAGGCCCGCUCCCGAGCCGUGGUCAUCCAGGUCAUGGAGAACCAGGACAGCUGCCCGCAUCAGGUGUUUGAGACCCAGCCAUGCAAAGGAGGAAAAUGCCACAGCUACCAGUGGAGGACCGGAGGAUGGAGCGACAACGAAAGAGCCGUGUGGUGUCAGCGCUCCGACGGUGUCAAUGUCACAGGGGGGUGUUUCCCGCAGAACAGGCCGACCACGGUCAGACACUGCCAUCCACCGUGCACCAAGCCCUUCUCCCACUGCACCCCGAGCGGAGUGUGUGGGUGUGAGAAGGGUUACACCGAAGUGAUGACCACGCACGGCUUCCUCGACUACUGCACCAGAACCCCGGGGGCGGACAACAAGAAGGCCGAUGUGAAGACCAACUCUGGAAGAUUAAAGCCGGGGCCGUCGCAGGCCCAGGACUUCUUCAACGAGUGGACUUUACGACCUGUUGGCCCAGAUGGAAGACUAAAGCUGUGGGUUUACGGUGUGACUGCAGUUGGAUUCAUCUUAAUUCUGUUCAUUAUUGCAUUAUCAUUCCUAGUCUGCAAGCCAUCCAAAACCACAAAGACGUCUCCUCCCCCACAGAAGCCCUUGACCCUGGCGUAUGACGGUGACAUGGACAUGUAACCAGGCUGCUAUACCUCACAAGGACACACACACACACACACACACACACACACACACACACACAGACUCCUACCUGCGUUCAGAGUGUUAGAAAGCACGUCGCCCAUCACGUACUGCUGACCGUUGGGUGAUUGUUUGCUCUAGUGCCAAUAGCGAUGCCACAUUUGGGUGCACAGAUACCAAUGCUCGUAUGUGAUUUGCUGCUGACAGGCGAUUCAGCCCCAAACUUUUACCUGUGGCCGACUUUUCCUCCGUGAGAAAGAGGAAGCAGAAGCAGCCACGGCCAACGCAACCCGACCAACGAAUGGACCUGCAGAGGCUCCUUGAGCUGUUUUCGUGAACUCACGGUGAAAGGACUGUCUGCCGCCCUCCAAACAUCCAAGACCCCUCAGAGACAGUGUCUUGUUUGACCACGCGGAUCCUCAGGUGUCAGGGUUGGAGCUUUUACGUGCCAAGAAACACCUCCGGGCCACCUCGCCUCGUGAACUCGAGGGAGACGGACCGUUUUUGGGUCAGCAGCCACAGUCAGUCGGGACGCUCAGAGUCGGACCAGUGGAACACUUGACAUUUGAUUUGUAGGGCAUUUCAUCAUUCCAGGACAUUUGUAAAGGAAAUGUCGCAAGUCUUUGGGUAA